AUGGAGAAGAACGAGACGAAGGACUUCAUCGACACCGCUUCUGCGGAGCAUGAUGAGGGCCAACCUGCUCUCAACCUAGACGAGCUAUCCUAUGGACCUUCCGGCAUCCGAGGCGUCUUCGCGUCAUCAUACGUUGCACUAUGUGCCGGCUUUGCCACCAUUGGCGGUCUGUUAUUUGGAUAUGAGUGCGUAAACGUGAAAUGGUGUGGACUAUGCUCUAUGAAAAGCCAGGGUGUUAUUUCCGUGACACUGGUCAUGGACCACUUCCUCGAUCGAUUCCCCGAAGUUAGCGAAACUGCCGCAGGGUCUGGUUUUUAUAAAGGCUUGAUGACUGCCAUGAUCACCCUGGGAGCAUUCAUCGGAGCAAUUAACCAGUGCUGGGCUGCCGACGCUUUCUCUCGAAAGUAUUGUAUCAUGAUCGCGGUUGUGAUUUUUAUCGUCGGAUCUGCCCUUCAAGUCGCUGCCAUCUCGUACACUAUGCUGGUCGUUGCACGUCUGAUUGGCGGUAUCGGCAUCGGAAUGCUGAGUGGUGUCGUACCACUCUAUAUUGGAGAAAUCGCAGCGCCGCAAAUCCGUGGAACACUCCUGGUAUUCGAGCAGAUCUCGAUCGUUGUGGGUGUUGUCGUAGCUUUCUGGAUUACAUACGCAACAAAGGGGAUCAACAGCGCGUGGUCGUGGCAGUUGCCCUUCCUCCUCCAGAUCGUGCCGGCACUGUUCCUGGGCUUCGGCGCGAUUCUGCUGCCCUUCUCACCGAGGUGGCUCGCAGCAAAGGGCCGCGAGGAUGAAGCGCUCAUAAACCUUGCAAAGCUAAGGCAACUGCCAACUACCGACAACCGAGUACGACAGGAAUGGAUCGAUGUCAUCGCUGAGGCCAAGUUUCAGCAACAGGUCCUCGCCGAGAGACACCCAAAACUCGUCGGCAGCUCGGGUUUCGGCAACAAGAUGAGGUUGGAACUGGUCUCAUGGGCCGAUUGCUUCAAGCCUGGCUGCUGGAAGAGAACCCAAGUUGGCGCUGGCCUGAUGAUGUUUCAGCAGUUCGUGGGGAUUAACGCUCUGAUCUACUACUCGCCAACACUCUUCGCGACUAUGGGCCUCAAAUACGAUAUGCAGUUGAUCAUGUCGGGAGUGCUGAACAUGGUUCAGCUCGUCGGUUGCAUCACCAGCUUAUGGACCAUGGAUCACUAUGGUCGUCGGAAGCUUCUUAUCAGUGGCAGUGUUGUGAUGGCCUUGUCGCAUAUGAUCAUUGCGAUCCUUGUGGGCAAGUUCUCGUAUGAUUGGCCCGGACAUACGACAGAAGGCUGGGUCAGCGUGGCGUUUCUCAUGAUCUUCAUGCUGGGUUAUGGUUCCACUUGGGGGCCGGUCCCCUGGGCCAUGCCAGCUGAGAUCUUCCCCUCGUCGCUUCGAGCCAAGGGCGUUUCGAUCAGCAGCGGAUCCAACUGGCUGAACAACUUCAUCAUCGGACUCAUCACGCCACCAUUGGUGCAAAACACAGGCUUCGGUGCAUAUGUUUUCUUUGCUGUGUUCAGCUUGUUAUCUCUCGUCUGGGCGUAUUUCUGCGUUCCCGAGACGGCGGGCAAGACGCUCGAGCAGAUGGACGAGGUGUUUAAUGACAGGGGUGGUGCGUCUGACAUUGCGAAGAAGAAUCAGAUACUAUCGGACGUGAUUAGAGAAAAGACGGCGCCAACUUACGGAGUCGAGCCAUAA